AUGUAUUUCCAGUCCAGCCAGUUUGUGAGACAAACGCAAGCCCAAACUCCCACCAAGGGUGUCCACCAGGGGCUGGGUGUCCUCCAGCAGCAAAACCAGGUGCAGAGCGCCCUUUCCACCCUGCACCGCCACAAGAGGAGGUGGCCCCACCAGCGGCCGGCAGGGGUUCUGCCCAAACCCGAGCCUGAGGAAGAAACCCAGCCCUUCCUCCUGGACCUCAAGAACUUUCCGGACCUCACCAGUGCAGACCUCAGCUCCCAGAAUCCCAACAUUCAGGUGACCAUCGAGGUCGUGGACGAGCCCCAGACGGACAACGGGAUGGAGCUGCUCGAGAGCCGCAGGGACCGGCCGCGCUCGUCCGAGCUCUGGGUGGGGAACAGGAAGCUGUUCUGGCCCCUGUUCUGGGGGUACUCGGACUCCGGCGAGGACGGGACGGGCCGCAUGAGCCUGGAGGACACGGCGGAGGACUACACGCUGGAGUACGACGGCGAGGAGUCGGCCCUGAGCGGGGUGGGCGGAGACUGGGACAGACAGUGGAACAAGGGGUGGGAGCCCAAGGACAGCUACGAAGAUGAGGACGAAGAGGAGUGGAGCAUCUGGUCACCGUGCAGCGCCACCUGUGGUCAAGGCAACCAGAAGCGCACCCGUUCAUGCGGCUACUCCUGCAUAGCGACAGAGACCAAGACCUGUGACGUUCAGCGAUGUCCAGAUGACACGAAUGCUGUUACGGAGCUGAUUCCUUAUGAGACAGAGAAUGGCACAGAGAUUUUGAGCGCAGAUGUGGACAGCUGUGAAAAAUGGCUGAACUGCAAGAGCGACUUCCUGCAGCGCUACCUCCAGCAGGUGCUGACGGAGCUGCCCAGCUGCCCUUGCGCCUUCCCCUCGGAGGUGGCCUACGGCUCCGUGGACAUCUUCGACGACACCCUGCGGAAGACCUACCGCUGGCGCGACGCCAGCUCCCAGAAGGAGCGGCUGGACAUCUACAAGCCCACGGCGCGAUUCUGCGUGCGCUCCUCGCUGGCCGUCGACAGCGGCACCCUGGCGGCCCAGCACUGCUGCUAUGACGACCGCCUGCGGCUGAUCACGCGCGGGAAAGGGGCGGGCACGCCCGACCUCAUCAGCACCGAGUUCUCCCCCGAGCUGCACUUCAAGGUGGACAUCCUGCCCUGGAUCCUCUGCAAGGGGGACUGGACUCGCUUCCACGCCGUCCGGCCGCCCAACAACGGCCGGCGCUGCACGGAGAACCCCCACCAGGACGUCUUCAUGAACGAGCUGGAGGAGGCCCGCGAGUACUGA